AACAAGUUACAAGUCAGAAGCUAUCGUGAACACAUCUUUAUCAUCUUGGGUUAUCAAAACAAGUUGAAUUACUUUAGAGUACAGGACUCAAUGUUUAUCUCCAGUUGCAGUGUAGUAGAAAACUAAGUAAAUCAGUUGAACAAGAGAAAACAGUAUUAAAGUUUUUCCCAGGGACCAGAAAAUAGAUCUUCUGUGGAUUUAAGAUUAAUAUACUGUAUGUUGCUGUACUGCCACCUGAAAAUCACUGCAACAACACAGAAUAAGUGCUACAUAGAAUAUCCAUGUGGAAAAAACAUUAAUCUGAACUGAAGACAAUCUUAUUGUGUAGGCGUAACUUUGAAGAGAAUGCAUGCCUGAUCCAAACCUGAUUAUCAUGUUUAGAGUGCCUUCCAGCAGAGAUCUAGUGGGAGGUGGUCCUUUGUUAAACUAAUAGAAAAGUCAACAUGAGCUUCAUUUGCAUUUCAUUAAAUAAAACCAAAUGAUGUUUUGGCUGGUCACUGAAGAACAGAUAGAGCAGUGUGUUUCACAGGGCUUAAAUAUUACUCACUGUCUCCGGUUUAUUACAUUUUAUGUCAGGUCAUCUUUGAACUCACAAGUUAGAAACCGGUUAGAAAGGCACGGCAAGGACAACAACAGGCAGCUUUAGUUUCUUUCUAAAGCGUAUUUUGAACAUCCAAAUCCAGAAUGGAGCCAGUGGUGGACAGCAAGGUCAUUCUCUCAGUUUACAUCAUUUCUUUCCUGAUCGGCCUCCCAGCAAACCUCCUGGCUCUCUAUGCCUUCAGGGUGAAGAUCCGCUCCAAGCCUAUUCCCACAGACAUCCUGCUCAUCAACCUGACCGUCUCUGACCUGCUCUUUUUGAUCAUCCUUCCUCUCAAGAUGCACGAGGCAGCUUCAGACAUGACAUGGACUUUGCCUUUAUUCAUGUGCUCCAUCACCUCCUUCGCCUUCUUCGCCACUAUCUACACCAGUUCUCUGCUGCUGAUGGCUGUCAGUGUGGUUCGUUACAUUGCAGUAGCUUUCCCUAUCGCCUACCAUAAGUUGCACAAACCUGUGUACGGGAUAGUUACCAGUGCUGUUAUUUGGCUCAUAUCAGGGAUGCACUGCAGCAUUGUUGUCAUUAUCGAGCACCACCCAGCCCUGUCCAAUGGAAACUCAACCACGUGCUAUGAGAACUUCACAGAGAAGCAGUUGGAGGUCCUCCUUCCUGUGCGUUUGGAGUUUUUCAUUGUGCUCUUCCUUAUACCUCUUCUCAUUUGUGUUUACUGCUACCUGAGCUGCAUCUUCCUCCUGUACAGUCGUCCGCGGAUAUCCCAGAAGCAGAAGCAGAAGGCCAUCGGCAUGGCCCUGGGUACCCUAGCUGUGUUUCUCAUUUGUGUGAUGCCAUACAACAUCUCCCAUUUACUGGGUUUCUUCCAGGGUAAGAGCCCAAAAUGGAGGUACUACACCUUGCUGCUUAGCACCUUCAACACCUGCAUUGACCCCAUCAUCUUCUACUUUUCAUCCUCCGCUUUCCACUGCACAAGUGAAAAGUCAAUUUUCAGGAAGAGUGUUCCAAAGCUACAGAGACAGACCACAAGCUCUAGCUGAGUCUUGCAUACAAUUUCAAAGCAACAUGUGUACACACAUUAGAUUCAAUGCUAUUAGUGUACUGAAUAUUAUAAAUAUAUUACUGUGUAAUGCCGUGAAUAUUGCUUUUACACCUCUGUUCAUUAAUAAAACUAUUUCUGACAUACUUCCCAGUCCAAGAAUGUACAAAAUACUCUGAUGACAAAACCACAACACAUGUUCUAUGCAUAUGCAUGUUUCAAAAUUUUAUUAUUUUACAGCAAAUUAUCUUAUUUUUGAAGGGGGAUUGAUAUUCUUGAUAACCUUUGCAUCCUUUUCAAAUUCUUUCCUCUUGAAUUUAACGAGGGCCUGCCACUCUUCUGCACUCAUGCAUUCUGUAGGCACACAUGUAGAAUAUUCCUGUAAAACAGAAAUGCAUUAAAACCCGUUAACAGGACUUCAAAACUAUUGCUUUCAUAAUGACAAGAUAUACUUCUAUGUAUAAGAGUGUUAAGCUGAUAAGACUGUAUCAACUUGUAAAUAGCUGCCACUUAUAUAUUGAAAAUAAAAGUAUAUAUGACUGAA